GGGAACGCGUCGUCGGAGUCGAACUGCGAAUUGUCAAUUGCCAGUGGACCCACAACCGCCACAUAUUGUCCACAACAUUUACGACACAUCAAUCGACCAGGUAUAAGGGGAAGCAGGAAUCCGUCGUUCUUUCUUAUCCUCUAAAUCUUCCCCACUUCACUAGUUCUCCUCACAACGCCGAGUCGGCGCAACAACAACACCUAGUGUCAUGUCACCUCCCGGCGACAAUGGCACAUCGUCUACUCCACCACGCGCAAACGCAGUACCUAAUCUUGAUGGCAAAAUAAAAUCCACGCCAAACAACCGCGGGACCGCUACCGUCAGUGAGCACAUCAGCCUGCUCGGCGUCAACGUCCCGCAAGUCAGUCCAUGGGUUCAGCGCGACAUCGAGGAGGCCAAGACGUGUAAGGUAGAUGCCAUGCUUCAAGUCCUCCUGGAACGCGCUUCUUGCAAUAAGGAGAAAGAGCAGCCUGAUCUCCUGCAAAAGUGCCUCGAGGCAGUUCUACCAGUUUGCAACGGAGACGUGGCAGCGGCGGACCCUAAAAAGGGCAAUGAUUUUCACUCUAAAGGCAUCAAGGAUGAAUUGAAUGAUUAUUUACGUCCAGGACACGAAGAAAAAUAUUACGCCCCUUUCAUAAAAGUCACCAACAUUGCGCUUGCUUGUCUUGAAGAGAUCAAGGUUGACGGGAUGAGACCUGUUGUCUCCGCCGUGGACAUGAUCUGUCAGCAAAAUGAUAUGCCUAUGUUCCAGUCCCACCAGAAGGAGGAAUCUCUUCGGAAGCCCGACGUCGUCUUUCUUCCUUCACACAGCUCACUCGCAGCAUUCCCGCAAUACGAUGGCCUCAUAGGAGGUGAACAUGGGGUCACGAAUGCGACCGCAAAACCGGAAAAGAAUCUCCGAUGGGAAGAUGUGCUAGCUUGUAUCGAGUUCAAGCGAAAACCAAACAAGCUUAACCCGCGCCCCUCUUCGUAUAAAGUCGGAGACCAUCUUCCUACCAAACCGGAAUAUCUGCGGGUGGAUGAUCCUGAGCCUGACAACCCCCCAACGCCUGCACCCGCGGCAGCCCCGAAGAAGACCCGAAGAAAACAACCUGCAUCCGACCCUCCACCGCGCCGGUCGCCCCGUAUUGCCGCGUUCGGCAAUGCCGCAGCACCUGGGCCUGCGUCCGCAUCUGCAUCUAAGCCCCAGUCCAGCUCCAAGCGCAAGGGCGGGGAACAAUUGGGAUCCGCGGCCAAGCGUUUCAAGCCCGGCAACAAGUUUGAUUACACGCCCGACUACAAGAAGCCACAUGUAACCGUCCAGACGGGUCUCUACGCCGCCGAAAUGUUUGCGGCCAAUCUGGGAGUCAAUCAUUUGCUCAAUUUCAUCGUCAUCGACGAUGUAAUCUGGAUCUGGUAUUAUGAUCGGCAAGGGGUCAUUCAAUGCUCCGGCAUUAACUUUAUUCAAGAUCUCCCACGAUUCAUGGUCUUGUUGUAUGCUUUACAACGAUUCGAGCUUGACGACUGGGGCCGAAACACGCGCUUUCUUCCACAUACAAAGACAUGCCAGAAAAUCACAAUUCAGGAUGCAGACCUGGGACCUGUGGAUCUCCUGCUUCACACCAGCCACGAAGAAAGAGUUACCCAUUACGGACUGCAAGGACGUGCCACCAAUGUGGUUCCUGUCACCAGCACAGCGCUCACCAAGAAACACGGACUCACCGAGAUGGUGGCCAAGAUCUAUUGGGGAGAAGAGAAUCGCACCAGCGAGCCGGAAAUCUUGAAGAAGGUUAAGGAGAUCGCUGAGAAGGAAGAAUCCGUAAAAGGCCAUAUUCCUGAGCUGCUCUAUCACCACACAUUCAGGAAUCCCACGUCCGCCAUCCGGAAAGCGCUUGGCGUUCCAGAAUCCACCGCGGGCAGUCGCGUGCUCCACGUCCUCAUUUUCCGCAAGCUGAACCCCAUCACGAAGCUAGAGGGCAAAGAACUAUUUGAAGUGUGGCGGCAAUGUAUCCUAUGCCACAUUGCUUUGUGGAAGGCAGGGGUCUAUCAUCGAGAUGUCAGCCCUGGAAACAUGAUGUGGUACCGUGACACACUUGGGAAGCUUAUGGGUGUAUUAAACGACUACGAUCUAUCAUCGUUGGCGGAUGUGGUGGGCCCUCAGGGCAACGAGCGCACGGGCACGGUGCCGUUCAUGGCACUCGAGCUUCUCUCCCCACAGGGUCAACGAGGCGAAGUAAAACACUUGUAUCGCCAUGAUCUGGAGUCGUUCAUGUGGGUUUUCGCCUGGGUUUUCUUGCGUUAUAGGGGAGGAGUCCUCCUAGAAUCGGAAUCACGCCCCUUGGAUAUAUGGGCAACUUCAGGCGCCGGCACAUGUGGUGAGAAGAAGUUAUCCUUUCUGAAUAAUGUCCACGAUUACGAACCCUCGGACAACAUCGACCCUAAUGACGUACGUUCGGAUAUGUGGGAUCUCAUCAUGGAGUGUUUUUUGGUGCUCGACAAAGCCGCCUUAGAUCGCCGUGUUCGCCUUGUUCAACAGGGAUCGAGGGCAAAAAGAGGCCAACAGACAAACGUCGACGUCGAGGAAUCACACUCGGAUAUGGAUGAUCUUUUAUUCAAGUUUACCACUUCCAAGAGUUGGAUGAAGCUCAGCGAGCGUUCACAGUAA